CAAAACCCUAAAUCAUCUCUCUGUACCGUUCGUCGCCCCCAAAAAAGCACCAGCGUUUGGUAUGGACAACGGUGAUCUUUCCUCCGCCUCUUGUUCAGAUAUGAGGAAGAAACUAAAGUUGGACGACUCUGUGGUCGAUGAAGAGGUGGUGGCGGGUGAUAGUCUUCCUUCACUUGAUGAGAAGGAGAAAACAUUUCACAAUGCUAUGGCCGAGUGGUUCAUCGCUGAUGGGAUUAGUCCUAAUAUCAUUAAGAGCCCCACCUUUGCCAAGUUCAUCAACUGCUUAAACCCGGAGUUUCCUCCUAAUGUUACUGAAGUCAAAAAAGAGGUUCUUGAGAUACACGAAGAAUGUAAGGAGAAGGCUAAGAGAUUUCUCAAGGGUUUUGAAGGUCAAUUAACCCUUUCUUAUGAAUGGUUUGUUCUUAGCGAUGAAUGGACUGGUCCUGUUUUGCAUGAUGAUUUCGUUUGUUUGGCUGCUCAUUUCAUUGAUGACAACUGGAAGUUGAAGAAAUGGAUCUUGGGGUACACUACUGACCGGACUGUACCCCUUGAAGAUGUUAAUAUUUACCCUUUUAGAGAGGCUGUUCAGGGUUUCGAGAUUGAGAGCAAAGUCUCUACUCUUUUGCUGCCUACUGACUUGGAUUUUGAUGAAGUGACUUUAGAUCCUUUUAGGAAAUGGAUUGAAGAGAGAGGGAGUAAUCAGAUCAACCCACGGUUCUCCCUACUCUAUUGUUGCGCUGAUCUUUUCCGGUUAAUGGUUGAUGGUCUUUAUAGUGACUUAAGCGGGUAUUUGCUAGAGGAUGUGCGUAUGUUGGUUGGAUGGGGAAGAAUGUCACCUACCAAUUGGAACAUCACUUUGCCUAAUCUGCAACGAGCUGUUGAUAUGAAAGCUGAGGAUGAAUUCUCUAAGGACGAGGAGUAUGAUGAAUAUGACAAACCAUCUGAUGAAGAUUGGAUUAAGAUUGAAACUUUUUGCAAACUCGUUGGUUGCAUCUAUAAAGUGUCAAAGGAGCUUUUCAAGGGAGAGUAUUUGACAUCUAACGUCUUCUUCCACCUACUUGCUGAGCUAAAGCUAAUGUUGAACCAAGAGCUUGUGAGUGCUGAUAAUGAUUACUUCAUCAGCAGUGCUAAGUAUUUAUUGAAGAGGUUUGAUAGGUACUGGAACAAUAUGUUCCUGGUUUUGGCGACUGCUUCUGUAUUAGACCCUCGGUUUAAGAUGAAGUAUCUCGAGUUUUAUUGCUCAAAGAAGGAAGUCAAUGUUGAAGGUUCUAAGGCUGAAACUGUUUUGGACCAUUUACGCGUUCUAUAUGCUCGCUAUGCAGCUAACGAUAUCUAUCAAAAACCAAUAUGCCCGGUUGCUGCAAUUGACUCCGCAGAAGAAGAAGAGGAAGAGCAAGAGCAAGAUUACGAUGAUGAAGAAGAAGAUGAUGAUGAAGGAAAAGAGCAAAAACAAGAUGAUGAUAAAGGAGAAGAAGAAGAAGAACAAAGGGACAAGGAAGAGAAGAAGCCUGAUGCAUAUGAGGGUUUUGUGUUGUUUCAGGAAUAUCUCAAGUUUGAAGGAUCUCCAAGAGAGCUUCAAGAAUCAGAGCUUGAUUCCUACCUCAAAGAACCGGUUAUGGAGUGGAACAAAGACUUCAAAACACUGGAAUGGUGGAGGGAAGAGGGCAAAAAGUAUCCAGUCCUCUCCCGAGUAGCACGUGACAUUCUUUCCAUUCCAAUCUCGCGCGCCGUAUCGUGGGAUGCUUAUGUUAUGUUCAAAAGAGAGCCUCCUCAGUUUGUUCUCUCCUUGGAACCCGAAAUUACUAACGCCUUGAUGUGCAGCAAAAAUUGGUUACGCCUUUGAUGAUUGAUAAUGGCAAAAUGGGUAAGAAGUUCCUUCUUAUCACUGACGAGUAAGAACUUAAAACUACUUUUUUAGCCUUCUUGUAACUCAAUCUCUCUGGUUUUUAGUACUAUCCUUUUUGAAGACUUAUCUUGUUUAAUUA